AUGGCGAACUCAGGAGCGAAGCUCACUAACGAUCCAUCAUGGACAGGACCGCUGAGGGCGGCACGAAAAGUUACGAACAAACCCUUCAUCGUUGCUUUCUUCUUGGGCCUCUGCGUAUGGAUCGGAAUAACUGCUUACGUAUUUACGUCGGGCGACGUGGACAAAACGAACGAUAUUUUCGAAGCCAGUCAAGAAAGUUACAUGGGGCGCAAAUGGUACUUGCUCGCGGCAACGUUGUUUACCUUCUGCUUAUCGAUAUUGUUCCUGGUCUUAUUGAGAGUGGCUCCGAGAAAAAUGGCUGGCAUAUCGAGCGUCUUUAAUAUCGUCGAAUUCGUGCUGUUUAUAAUUGGCGGGAUCUACAUGAUCUACGAAAUUGCGACCUCCGACGAUUCGACCUCCGACGAUUUAGACGUCCCCGUACCCGCUGCUGCAAUAUACCUUUUUUUACCCGUGGCAAUCGUGCUACUGAUUCUCUCCAUCCGGAUAAAGAUCAGAAAUUCCAAUCUCAUCCCCGUGUCCUGCGAAAUCGUUGGAGAAGCCUGCAAAAUCAUACUGUCCUUUCCGUCGAUAAUUGCUUACGCCGUGCUCAACUUCAUUCUGUUCUACGUCUUGUUCAUUUUGUCUCCGUUGCAUUCGUUGUUGAUCGAUGUUACCAAAACUUUUUUCGACGCCGAGAACGACCGCUUUCCGGCUCACUUGGGCAUCUGUAUGUUCUUUCAUUCCGUCGCUUCCAUCUGGAUCAUCGUGUUCUUCUUCGAGAUGUUCCGGGUAAUCGUGGCCGGUACUUACGGCACCUGGUACUGGACCGAGAACAAGCGCGAGGUGCCGCGCUUCGCCGUCCUACGCUUCGUCUACAUCGCCAUUAGAUACCACAUUGGCCCGCUGGCGUUUGGCUCGCUGAUCAUGCCGUUCUGCUCUAUACCGCGAUUUUGCGUCUGGCUGAUCGCGUCGGGAUUCGGCAUCGACUGCUCCAGCGGCAGCGGCAAUAGCGUCGUCAGGCUGUUCCGGCGCUGCUGCAGCUGCUGCAACUGCUCUUGCUACCAAGUCGUGAAAAAGUUCACGGGCGCGUCUUUCGUCCAAGUGGCGCUUCGCGGCAACGCCGGCUUCGUCGACGCGUCCCGAGCCACGUUCGGCCUCCAUCAAAGAAAUCAGACGAAAGUCGCCGCCGUCGGGCAGAUCGUGCUGAUUUUGUACGUGGCCGGAAUGACCAUUGUCAUGUUCUUUUCGGGUUUAUUGAGUUCACUAAUCCCGACACAAUCGAUAGAUGAGGAAAAUGCAAAGGACCUGGGAUAUUUGCUCAUUUUUUCGGGACUUAUGUGCUUUGUGAUUUUCAAACUACUGGGAAUUGCCGUUGACACUAUCCUAAUGUGCGGGCUCGAAGAUUUCGAAAUGAACGGAGGCAGGAGCAGAUUCAUGCCGGACAACUUGAAAAAUUUACUUAUGUAG